AUCUGAGAUUCUGCUGAUCUGAAUCGAAUUCCGUUCCAUUCUAUCGUUCCAUUUUCGCAUGAUACUUGAGUCUUUUUUCGCACAAAUCGUUAAUUUUUAGGCUCAGCUAUUCCAUGAGUGAGAGUAAUCGUAUUCUAGUUGUGUGUUGUGUGCUAAUAGACAUUAACUUAUUGUUAUCGUGCUCCAAUUCAUUCGGGAAAUCGUUCAAUUUAUUCCCCUAAAAUUGGUAUUGAUUUGUGUCUUAUGCGAUGAGAUGACAAAACCAUGUCAAGUGUGUUGUAGUAAAUAAUCUAGUACAAUUAUAGAUUAUCACUUGUGUUGGUGUUUGGACUGUAACGGAAUGAAUCUCGAUAAUUCUUCGAGAGAAAAUUCCGAAGCAUUGGACUCCAUCGGUACUGUUAGCCCUAGAGAAAAAUAUCACAGCAUGAGAGAAAAGAAGUUAUCUACGGCGUCUUUGACCAACGCCGAGGGUGCAAGACCGAAAGUCGUCACAGUCAAACAUCCGGAGUCCAAUAAGCCCAAACCCACCGCUAAAAAGAAUAAACCAAUCCAGGCUGAUUUAGAUAUCAUCAAAGAAUUUUUAAGGUGUCGCGAUGAAGGCGUCAAACGGCUGGACCUGAGCAAAUCUUCUAUAACAUCUCUCCCACCCUUAGUCAGAGAUUUAACACACUUGGUUGAGUUCUAUUUAUAUGGAAACAAACUGGUUGCACUGCCUGCUGAGUUUGGAUGUCUUGUGAACCUACAGACAUUAGCAUUGAAUGAGAACUCCUUAGCAAGUUUACCAGACUCACUUGCCAACCUAAAAUGUUUGAAAGUAUUGGAUUUACGUCACAACAAGCUGACUGAUAUACCGGAGGUUGUAUUUCAUUUAACUUCGUUGACAACGUUGUUUUUGCGAUUCAACAGGAUUAGGGUGGUUGGAGAUGGAAUAGCCAACCUAACCAAUUUGACUAUGUUGAGCUUGAGGGAGAACAAAAUCAAGGAAUUAUCAUCUGGAAUUGGCAAGCUGGUGAAUCUAGUAACAUUUGAUGUCUCACAUAACCAUUUAGAACAUUUGCCACAAGAAAUUGGUAAUUGUGUAAAUUUAUCAACACUGGACUUGCAGCACAAUGAAUUACUUGAUAUUCCAGAGACUAUUGGUAAUCUACAGGCCAUAACCCGACUUGGUCUCAGAUACAACAGGUUGACUGCUAUUCCGGCUACACUAAGCAACUGCAAGCAUAUGGAUGAGUUCAAUGUAGAAGGAAACUCUAUUUCCCAGCUGCCUGAGGGACUAUUGGCCAGUCUGAAUGAGUUGACAAACAUCACCCUAUCCAGGAAUUCCUUUGGAAGCUACCCAUCAGGUGGCCCAGCCCAGUUCACUAAUGUAUUCUCUAUCAAUUUAGAACACAAUCAGAUUGAUAAGAUACCAUAUGGAAUCUUUUCAAGGGCAAAGAAUUUGACAAAACUCAACAUGAAAGAAAACUUGCUGACAUCACUGCCACUUGACAUUGGCACUUGGGUUAACAUGGUAGAACUGAACUUAGGAACCAACCAGUUAGCUAAGCUACCUGAUGACAUACAAUGUCUGCAGAACUUGGAGGUGCUCAUAUUGUCCAACAAUUGCUUAAAGCGCAUUCCACCCAGCAUUGGGAGCCUUAGGAAACUGAGAGUGUUGGAUUUAGAAGAAAACAAACUAGAAGUUUUACCCAAUGAGAUUGGAUUCUUACAUGAUCUACAGAAAUUGAUAGUGCAGUCCAAUCAAUUGACAUCUCUCCCACGAUCUAUUGGGCAUUUGACUAACCUGACAUAUUUGAGUAUUGGUGAAAACAACCUGCAGUAUAUACCAGAGGAAAUUGGAACAUUGGAGAAUUUAGAAUCAUUGUAUCUAAAUGAUAAUCAAGCCUUGUGCAACCUACCAUUUGAGCUGGCUCUAUGUGUGAGUCUGCAAAUCAUGAGCAUUGAGAACUGCCCAUUGACAGCUAUCCCACCAGAAGUGGUCUCAUCGGGCCCAUCUCUAGUUAUCCAGUACCUGAAGUCACAAGGCCCUUACAGAGCUAUGUGAUAUCAGGAAGAUGAUUAUUUACCAGCCAGUGAGGGCUAGUAAAUGUGUAGAUGCUUGAAGAAAACUAUCAAGCUUUACCAGAAUAUGUAUACUCAAAUAAUUUUUGUUGUGAAAUAACCAAUUCUAUCACAAAUGCUAUGAAUGAAGUUUAAAACUAAGAAUUGUACAAUUUAUGAACUUGCAUUUUCAAUUCUAUCAUGAAUUAUAUGUGUUAAAUGUAUUUCAGUGUCCAGUUUUACAGAUAUUUAGAACUCCCAUAUGCUAAUUAAUGUUUUCAUUACAUAGAUAUUUAAGAUUUCAGCCAUUGUUUUAUCUGUAUCACAAAAAUUAUAAAAACACAAAAAUAAACUGAUUAGUGUUAGUAGAUAAAAGUAUGUUGUAAAAUGCUGUAUAUAAUGUAAAUGCACAAUAACCAUUUUAAAAGUUUUUGAAUCCUUUCAAGGAAUUUGAAUAAGAAAUUGUGAGAAUAAUAUUCAAUUUUGGAACAAGUGUCAAAGAAAGCUAAUUUCAUAUUUGUUAUUAUAUAUGUAAUGAUAAUAAUUCUUAAAAGAAAUGUGUGCAAUCUAUGGGAUUUAUUACUUGAGUAUUUUAUACCACACUAACAAUUCAAAAAUGUGGGUUUAGAACCCUCAGGCUACUUGAAAGUUGUUUGGUAUAAACUUACUUUAAAUAAUAGUUUUAAAAUGUUUAAACCCAUCAUAAACUGUUUAUAUUAUUUGACAAUAUCUAGUUGUACUGUUAAAUUGUUGAUAAAGGUAUUUUUCAAUCAAAACUUAUUUAGUACUUGUCAUAAAUGGAUAAAUCAUUUUAACCACUAAAGUUUGUAAUCAGUAUUUUAUGUGUAAUUAAGAAUUGAUGUUUUAUAGAUGAGUUAAUUAUAUGUAUAUUAUUAGAGAUUGAAACCUAUAAAAAGAUCUCAUGAUAACAUUAUUUGAUGUUCAAGCUGUGUGUUCACUUGACUAUGAAUUUUCUAACACAUGACUAAUUUACAUAAUUUAUUAUAGGUUUCCUAUCUGUUGCAUUUAUUUUUACAUUUAUAAGUGUAAUUUAGAAUUAAUUAUUAUAUUUUAUUAAUUACAACUGUAUUCGUAGUGAUGAUUAAUAGCAUCUUUUUACAAAUUGUUUAUUCUGACUCUUGUGCGCACACAAUUUAGUUCAUUAUGAUCUAUAAUGACAUUAUUUACAAUUUUUAUAUUCAUAGUUCUAAAAUGAAAAUUGAUGUUAAUAUUUUAUACGAUAUAACAUAGUUAUCUAGUCACAAUUGAUUUUUGAAUGGCUAUUUUCUGAUCGAUUACAUGUAUUUGAUGUAUUCCAUGACAUAACUUCCUAAUAUGGUCUUUCAUUGUUAUUAUAAACGCUGCUUUUGCAAUUUAUGCUAAGCAUCUGGUAAAACCUUCCUAAUUUUAAAGUUGAUCCGUGUGUAGGUAUUUGUUUAUAAUCAAUGUUUCAGUGACAUGUAAACGUGUUAUAUGAAAUAAAUAAAUUAUAUAGUA